GCCGAGAAGGACCCUUUCCUGCGACGGGAGCGCGUGGUAGCCCGUCCACUGAACACCCCCCGCCCCCGUCCCAGACGGCGCGAGUCUUCGUCCAGGCGCCCGAACAUGUCCGUCAGCGAGAUGUUCAUCGCCUUGCAGGGGGUUCUCACCGCCGACCAGGAUAUCCGCGAGGAGAUUAGGAAAGUUGUUCAAGCUCUGGAGCAAACAGCCCGGGAAAUUCUGACAGUGCUUCAAGGAGUCCACCAGGGUUCUGGAUUCCAGGACAUACCAAAUAAAUGUCAGAAGGCUCGGGAACACUUUGGUACUGUUAAAACACAUUUGACUUCUCUAAAAACGAAGUUUCCUGCAGAUCAAUAUUACAGAUUUCAUGAACAUUGGAGAUUUGUGCUCCAACGAUUGGUGUUCUUAGCAGCAUUUGUUAUCUACCUGGAAACAGAAACCUUGGUGACACGGGAAGCUGUUACUGAAAUUCUUGGAAUUGAAGCUGAUAGAGAAAAAGGCUUUCAUCUGGACAUUGAGGAUUAUCUUUCUGGAGUAUUGACUCUUGCAAGUGAGCUGGCUAGGCUAGCAGUGAACAGUGUAACAGCUGGGGACUACUCUCGGCCACUCCGCAUCUCUGUUUUCAUCAAUGAGUUGGAUUCGGGAUUCCGCCUUCUCAAUUUGAAAAAUGACUCCCUGAGGAAACGCUACGAUGGCCUCAAGUAUGAUGUCAAGAAGAUAGAAGAGGUGGUUUAUGAUUUGUCAAUCAGAGGACUCAACAAAGCGGCAACUGGAGGUGCUGGUGAGGAGAAAUAGAAAAGGCCUCACUGAACUGUAUCCAUGAUUACCUCAGUAAUGUGGCCAAUGAAAGAAGCUCUAACUGAGCUCUCUAGCAGUAACAUAGAACCACAAGCUGCAAACUAUGUUUUUCCCCAACUGAACACUUAGUAUGUCUGACUGAAAACCUUCAAAACUGUUCUGUGAAUGCCCAUCUAGUGGAUUCUGUUUGCAGAAGUUACCAUGAUAUAAACUGUAUUUGUGAAUUAUGACCAUUGUUGUCUAAUCUAAUAGUCCUGCAGUCCCAAACAUAGAAAUCGGUUGCUACUAUAUCCUAGUGCCAUGCUGAGCUGAAUCUUUCUGGAUCUCCCCAUAAUUCACAUUUAGUGCAAUGAAUGCUCAUUUAAAAAGGAGUACUUGACUCCAACAUGUGUAAAUAUGUUUAUCAUUAAAAUGAGAUCAGAAUGCCUCAUUUUCUGUUCAUGUUAGUAAGUCAGACUGACUCUAAGAUUUCAGAUUUAACAUAAUUGGUUUGAUAAGUAAACAUGUUAGGAAUUUAUUUCUAAAGAAUUAUUAUUAUAUAGUACAGAGAUGUCUGUAUUCUGAAGCAAGCUGAUUCUUAGACUUUGGAAAGAACAGUGAACUCUUUUUAAUGCAUAUAUAUAUGCAUCUUCGUAGUUAUAUCCAGUUUUGAAAAAGCAAAUUUGAGAACAUGAACAUGUGUAUGUGGUUUAGUAGAGGGCAAAGGGAGAUAUCCAAUUAACUUGCUUGGAAUCUGCACUUGAGUUAGGCAGCUAGCAGGCCAUUGCAUUCUAAGCGGUGCAUUCAAUGCUUCUUUGUUUUGUGUUGCGUCUUUUAAAAUAAGAUUCUAAGUAGAUCUUCAGUAAACAGACACAUAUUUAAUCCAAAUAAGAGAGAUAAAUUGUUAUCCAAAUCCUAAUUAUGCUUAUCUGAAUGCAGAUAAGCAUUUUCAUUCAACUCAUUUCCAACAGGCAGACAUAAGAUCACAGCCUUAGAAUAGUAAGAUGCAGAUGUUAAGUAAGCUGGCCUUAUACCUCCACUUAUUCUGCUUCCGCUUCUAUGUUAAUAUUUGAUCCCCAUCUUCACUCUCAUUCAGGCAUAAACUACAUGCUGUUUCUGAAAUGUAUGAUGACAUGUUUCCAUCUGACCAUUUUUCACCAUGUUUUAUCUCAUCAUUUUUUCGCCAUUGUCUGAAAGUGGGGUUUUUUUGUUUUUGUUUUUUGUUUUGAGAAAGAUUAUCUCCAAAGAAUAAGAAAAUCUUUGUAUUUUAUGAUAACUGCUAUAAGUAGUCCUCGUUUAUAAAGCUUUUCCUUGUUCUGGUUGCAGUUUUUGAAAUGUUCACUGGGAAGCAAACACCUGCUUUGUUAAAGUUGGUAAAUAAAAAUAGACAUUUUUUAAACAUGG